UUGUAUAUUUUACACUGCUGGGGAUGACAAAGAGUCUCUGAGGUCAUCUCUUCCGGCUUCCAAACUCGAGCAUCUCCUUCUCUUGAGUUUGAAUGGUCGCCAAGAAGAGACUCCAUACAAUGGAAGUUGCUGGAGAAUCUCUCAUUGAGAAUGGAGCAUAUUUUAAUAGAGCUAUAGAAGUGAAGAAGUUUGAUGAAACCAAAGCUGGAGUUAAAGGGCUUGUGGACUCUGGUGUGGAGAAGAUUCCCAGAUUCUUCAUCCACCCACCGGAGAACUUGCAGAGGUCUCUGUCUGAAACUGGUGGGACUAGUUUUCAGGUUCCAGUGAUAGAUUUCAGGGGCCUGGAUAUGGGUCAAAGAGCAGAGAUUGUGAGAGCAAUUCGCAAAGCUUCAGAGACAUGGGGCUUCUUCCAGAUGGUUAAUCAUGGAAUUCCAAUUACCAUCAUAGAAGAGGUGUUGGAAGGAGUGAGACGAUUCCAUGAGCAGCCGCAGGAGAUGAAGAUGGAGUGGUACUCACGGGACUCGAAGCAACCAGUGAAGUAUUACUGCAACGGGGACCUCCAUGUAUCAAAUGCUGCAAACUGGAGGGACUCCAUAUCCUGUGAGUUCCCGGAUGGAACUCUGGACCCCGAAGCUUUGCCUCGUGUAUGCAGAAAGGAGAUAACAGCGUACAUCAAAUGCAUGGCUGAACUGAAGGAGAUGAUGGGUCAAUUACUAUCUGAGGCUCUGGGGCUGAGCAGUGACCACCUUAAGCAGAUGGGAUGUACGGAGACUCAAACAUUGGUGUGCCACUAUUACCCAGGUUGUCCCCAGCCAGACUUGACUCUAGGUGCUACCAAGCAUUCAGACCCGAGUUUUAUAACUAUUCUUCUGCAAGACAACAUUGGUGGCCUACAGGUUCUUCAUCAGAAUCAGUGGGUGGAUGUACCACCUGUACAUGGAGCUCUGGUGGCAAACCUUGGGGAUUUCAUGCAGCUUAUCACCAAUGACAAGUUCAAGAGCGUGGAGCAUAGAGUACUGGCUAGACAGGUUGGACCGAGGAUAUCAGCUGCAUGUUUUUUCUAUCCGAGUACUAUCAAUACGUAUAAGCCUUAUGGGCCAAUAAAGGAGUUUCUAUCGGACAAUAAUCCGCCAAUCUACAGGGAAACUCAUGUCAAUGAAUAUUUAGCCUAUUACAGGUCCAAAGGAUUGGAUGGUACAUCAGCCCUUCCUCAUUUUAAGCUAUGAUGAAUGAAUGCUAGUAAUUUGUGUGGGGUUGAUUAUGGUGUGAAGUGCUUUCAAAUUAUGUCCAAUCUGUAUUAGUACGGCUGUUAAUUUACUCUAUUGUUAUGAUGGAUCAUGUUUCUGUA